AUGACCUGGUUAUCGAAAUCGAUUACUGGCCUGGGCUUGCUGUUUCUGGCUCACGCCUGCUACUCUGCUCAUGAACAUUCAGCUCUGCACUCUGCAAGCACAGCAGCCCUGUCAUCCAUUUCGGCACAUAGUACUGCGUCACUGAACGUAUCAUCACUACCGAUCGACAUCUCGAUUGAAACGAUAGUCGCCAUCUUCACGGUCUGCUUAGGUCUUGUACUUGGGACGCCAGAGCUCCGUCCGAUACAAUGGCGCGUCUGGGCUGGCAAGAUUGAGCGCGAGGGAGAGGCAGGAUUUGCAAAUAACGACGGAGAGGUAGACAAGGACUAUGUUGGCAAUCCGUUCAGACUUCUGGAGAGUCGGCCAGGAUUUGUAGACAUUCGAAAGCAGAGGAAGGAAUUUGCGGCAUGGGUACGGGAUGGUGGUGGGAACAUUUCCGAGGCGCCCAAAAGCUAG